AGAUGAGUUUUGCUGCUGAAUGAGAGCGUCAGAGAGAGAGAGAGAGAGAGAGAGAGGCAGAAAAAACACACGACUGCAUGCAUGAACGUUUUCGGCUUACAAACCGACGUGCCGCUCAAAUGUGUUGGCAUCGCAGGCCGGUAGUGUGACGACCUGGUGCUACGCAAGUCUGACUGAACCCGUGCCUCCACCUCACUAAUAACCACCAUGACGGCCAACGCACCUCGAGACAAAUACAAUGCAGUGUGGAUCAUUUUCUUCAUUCUUGGUUUGGGAACCCUCUUACCAUGGAAUUUCUUUAUGACAGCAACAAUGUACUUCACCAGCAGACUGAAGGACCCGCCCACUGACGUCCUGUUCAAUCAGACGACUAACGGGACUGAAGAGGACGGCGAUACUCGCAACGUGCUGGAGUCAAAGUUUAACAACGUGAUGACGCUGUGCGCCAUGGUGCCUCUGCUCAUUUUCACCUGCCUCAACUCCUUCAUACACCAGAGGAUUCCUCAGAAGCUGCGGAUCUCUGGCAGCCUCACAGUCAUCUUUGUGGUUUUCCUGCUGACAGCCAUACUCGUUAGGGUGGACGUGGCCCCGCUGCCCUUCUUCACCCUCACCAUGAUCAAGAUUAUCUGCAUUAACUCGUUCGGGGCGAUUCUUCAGGGCAGUCUGUUCGGGCUGGCAGGGAUGCUGCCCGCCUCCUACACCACUCCCAUCAUGAGUGGACAGGGGCUUGCCGGCACCUUCGCUGCUUUCUCCAUGAUCUGCGCACUGGCCUCUGGAUCGGCCCUGCAGGACAGUGCCUUUGGUUACUUCAUCACAGCCUGUGUUGUUAUUCUCCUUGCCAUAAUGUCCUACCUCAUUCUGCCCAGGAUGGAGUUUUUCCAGUACUACAUGGAGAAUAAUGGAUCCAGAGCUGCUGCUGCUGAUGAGGAGAAUAAGAUGGACUUACUGAAAAAAGAAAGUCCAGCAGAGAAACGACCGGUGGUGAGUCUAACGGAGGACGAGGCCAAACCCAGCGUGUCCGUGUUUAACAUCUUCAAACAGAUCUGGGUGAUGGCUCUGUCAGUGUGCUUCAUCUUCACCGUCACCAUUGGGACUUUCCCAGCCGUGACUGUCGAGGUCAAGUCCACAGUAGCAGACGGAGGCGCCUGGGAUACUUACUUCAUCCCUGUGUCAUGUUUCCUCCUCUUCAACUUGAUGGACUGGGCUGGCAGGAGUCUGACGGCCGUCUGUAUGUGGCCGGGUAAAGACAGUAUCUGGCUUCCUGUCCUGGUGGGUUUACGGGUCGUCUUCAUCCCUCUCUUCAUGCUGUGUAACGUCCAGCCUCGUCACUACCUCCCUGUGCUGUUUGCCCACGACGCCUGGUACAUCAUCUUCAUGAUCUUCUUCUCCUUCUCCAACGGGUACCUGGCCAGUCUCUGCAUGUGCUUUGGACCCAAGAAGGUGCCGCAGCAUGAGGCAGAGACAGCAGGGGCCAUCAUGGCCUUCUUCUUGUCCCUCGGAUUGGCGCUGGGCGCUGCAGUGUCAUUUGCUUUCCGGGCCAUGAUCUAAAAACCUUCAGCAGAACCUUCAGUAGAUGUAGAGUAGACCAUCCUGCCCUUCCAACAAACUCUCCCCGUCAUGAUCCUCAAUGGGAGAACCUCUCAACAACUGGACUAGCCACGCUCCUCUGCAGCAGCCUCUGGCUAAGCGGAGGCAGCACAGCAGACCAGAGGACCAGAGAACCUCGGUCAUCUGAAACGUACAGCAGAAAUUAGUCUCAUUCAGCCGUCAUGGCAAAGAUAUAAGAUGAAAUAUUGAAAUAUGUUACUGAAUAUUUUUAAAUUUCCUCCAAACUCCACAGCUUCUCCUGUUUCUGGGAGAUGUUUUCCAAUUGAUGUCACUGAUCAAAGAGGCUGUUUCUCUGAGACAAAGAGUUCAGAGUGCAAAACAAAAACCAAAAGUGUAAAAAUUCUUCUACAAUGAAGACAGCCUGUACACGCACUAUCCUAGAGCGUCAUUUAUAAAACGUUCUUUUGCACAAAUUCUAAAACAACUAAUGAUUAAAUGUUAGAUCACAUAAAUGAAGUUAAAACGGUCACAUUCUUGGAAUUAAUAUGAAGAUACAGUGGUGUGUAAAUAGUCUUAACACAUUUUCAUACAUGAGGCUCUUGGAUACUGGUGUUUGGUUCAUCAACAUGAACCAUUACCUUUCACUCAUCAGGUUAUAAACUGUGAUCCUCAACGUGACAUUUUUUUUGCACAUCAAAACAUGAACAUUACAUCUGUCUGGACUGUUGCAGCUUUUAACUCUGAUCAAGCCAAAAACGCAAAGACAACGUGGGAAAAUGAUGAACUUUGAAGGGAGGUCGUGACCCGUGAACCUGCUUCGCUUGCCUCAGUCUACUUCAAUGUCAGCUCGGGUCAGUAGUGUUUUUUAAGCUUCCUCAUGACAAAAUCGGUUCUCAAAUUCUCAAUGAAUGUAAAGAUGGACGAAAUCCUAAAGACGAGGUUUUAAUCAAUAAUCUGGGCCAUUAACUGUCUGGAAGCCUUUCCCCCUGAAUAUUCAUUGUUUUCGUAAAUUUGUCUUUGCUGUAGUUUUAGAUGAAGUUUUACUGCUCUGUCGGUCUGUUUUAUCUGAAAACAUCCUCCGUUAAAUCAAUUUGACUUGAUUCACCAAAUGGAAACAGACGCCACAUUUUCUGUCUAGAUUUCCAGCCCAUAUGUGAAGUUUCAACUGUUACUAUGUCUUCCUGAAGUACUCGAGAUUUUACCGCAGUGUAUUUUGAACGCAGCAAAAAGCUGUCAGUAACUGAAAUGUGCCAUUAUGAGUGAGUGAGGUUAGUAGACUUUUUAAAUCUUUUAAACUCUUUGGUUUUGUGCCAUUUCCCAUUUAACGUGUUCAUGGAAGGUUAGGUUUUAUACCAGAAGUAGUUUUUAGUAGUUUUUCAAACUCUGGCAGAGUUUUUUUUUUAUGAAUGGGGUGAUAAAAGGCCAUCUGCCUGUUGGUGUCAUAUUUUUGUCUCUGCAUUUUUGUGGCCUUUUGAUGCUUUUUUUUAAAAAGUAUGCUUUAGUUGUACACAGUAUUAUACAUAAUAUCAGCUGUAUACUUCCUAACAGCCUGUUUGUUUAAAAGCACAACGUUGGUCUGUUCUUCUGUACAGUGUUUUGUUUGGUUUGGGAGUCUGGUAUCGACCAUUAAAAUGUUACUUAUAUUGCAGCUUAAAACAGUUCUGUGAUAUAAUAAAAUUGUGUAUUUUUAAGAA